GCAAUAAUCACCAACCGCAAUAAUAAUCUCCAACGCGACAAUCUCCACCAUCAGCGAGCCUAGUCUCCGCCGCCACUUUACCUCCUUCUUAAGUCCUCCGCCCUUUCGAAACGGCUCAAAGUCAUUUUUUCCCCUUUCUCUCGUAUGUAUUUUCUUCAGAUUUCAUCGCUGGGGGGAAGACGUCUUUGUCAGGAGGAAUAUGUAUUUUUUCGGAGUAUUUGUCGGUCGAAAAAUUUAUCCGAAGGGGGACUUUUGGGCGGCGGGAAGGGGGUAAAAUCGAGUCCGCGGUGUCCCCGGUCGAGUUCGCCGGCUUCGGACGCGGCCAAUAUCAGGGCGCAGCGAUUUGUCGGAGUUCCACUCAGGCACAAUAUUUGGAAAAUGGUGGCUAGAGAGUGCAAAACUUUAGUCAAACAAGUGCGCCCUGAUUGGUCCACACCGAUCAAUGUUUGUCUCAACACGCUGCUGAUUGGCUAGAAGGCGGAGCCAGAUUUUGUGGGCGGCGCUAGCUCCUUCUUCGGCCAAUGAGAAAGCUGGAAUCGAAGGGUCAGUGGGCGGAGCUCGGCAGCUCGGUAAGUUAUUCUUAAGUCGGUCUGGCAAGUUAGAGGACAACAUUAAUCAUCUGUGAGCCGCAGAAUCCAGGUGCAUCGGCGGCCGCUCUGUGUGUGAUUGUGCGCGUGUCUGCCACGUGUUGUGGGGCUUUCGAUAUUCCCCAGCCAGUGAACUUAAUAUGGAUUCAGUGUGUGGGCGUGAGUCGUCGGUGUCGCCACCCACGGUGGUGGCGCCCGUGGCCGUAAAACUCCUCCUUAGUGACGCCCACGCGGUGGCAGCGCCCACGGACCAGCAGCGCCUGCUGUACCAGCUCGCUCUGGCCGAGCGCCUCCGUCUCGCCUCCGCCGGCCUUGCCUGGGCGCGGCCUCCGCUCACCGCGCACCACCCUCACCUGCAGGACGCGGGCGUCGGAGGCCACCUGGUGGGCGGCCUGAUGAGCAACCCGCUCAUGGGCGGCAUAGGAUCUCCUCUCAUGGGGGGCCUAGGCUCCACCGGCUUCGGCGGCGCGCUGAUGGGCGGGCAGGGCGGUGUACGGCUACCGCCUGGUGGACCCGCGCAUGCUGCUGCCGCGCGGCCCCGAGGAGCCGAAGCCGCAGCACUCGUACAUCGGCCUCAUCGCCAUGGCCAUCCUCAGCUCGCCCGACAAGAAGCUCGUCCUCAGCGACAUCUACCAGUACAUCCUCGACCACUACCCCUACUUCCGGUCCCGAGGGCCCGGCUGGAGGAACUCCAUCCGCCACAAUCUGUCCCUGAACGACUGCUUCGUGAAGGCGGGCCGCUCGGCCAACGGCAAGGGCCACUACUGGGCCAUCCACCCGGCCAACAUCGACGACUUCCGCCGGGGCGACUUCCGCCGCCGCCGCGCCCAGCGCCGCGUCAGGAAGCACCUCGGACUCGCCGUCGACGACGACUCCUCCCCGGAGCCUCCGUCUCCCACGACAGGUCUCACCGUCGCCCACGACUCGCCCACAGCCGCCCACCACCACCACACCACCGCCCUCACCGCCGCGGACGAGGCCUCCGCGCCGCAGGCCUCCCCGGGCUCGCUCCCGCCGCCGCCCGUCGCCCGCAAGCGGCAGUUCGACGUCGCCAGCCUCCUGGCGCCGGACGACAAGCUGCCCAAGACGCGACGCCACGCCAGCGAGCUCGGCCAGGAGGUCCACGCCCCGGACCGCGCGCCCGCUCACGCCCACGACGAGAUCGACGUCGUCAGCGAUGACGCGGGCGACGAGAGCCACCCCCCCGCCGCCUCGCCGUCGCCCACGCCAGCCGCCCACGACGAUGAAGACGACCCACGCCCGUGGUCCCUUCUAGGCUGGGUCUCGGGCGCCACGUGGCCGCUGCCUCCGCCCACCUCCGCCCACGACCCGGACACGCGGGCUACCCACGAGCCGCCCACACAGUGAACGACGGUUUAACGCCCACACGCCCAUUCCAGAAAAGGGGCGAGAGGAGCGUAGGACGGGAAAGCAUGGCUGUGAUAUGUAUGUUAAACUUGUUGACUAAAUGAUGUAAUUUAACAAUUUUUAUGGAUGACAAAUGUGUGUACAGUAAUAAAUUAUGUGUUUCUAA